AUGCUUGAUCAAGCAUUCAAGUUUGAGGGUGUCGACCCGGGACAGCAAGCCCGCAGGUGGUGGACAGACAGCGCGCCGGAGUUUGGAGCGGCUUCGAGGGCCACCAGAACCCAGAGGCCGUUGGCGCAGUUCACCAGCGUGCCACAUCGGCCACAGUCGAAAGGCAUCAUCGCAAGGUCCAACCGCAGGAUGACUGAAUCGGCCAAUGCUGCAAUUUUCGCAGCGAGUGCCGAUGCUACGUGGUGGGUCUGCGCCGUCGUCUUCUGGGUCGCCAUGCGCAGCGUCCUCGCGGCCUUGCAGAGCUCCGCGGGCAAGUUCACGCCUGAGAUGACGCCCCACUGUUUGGUUUUCAUCGGCAUCGGGCCUGCCUGCGCCGAUGCCGGACAAGGCGACCGCUCCAAGAAGGAGAUCAUGCGCGGCCGCGUUUGUGGCAGCUUCGGGAACAAACAUGACGAGUGCAGCGCGGAGGAGCAGGAUAUGAAGUUCCGCGUCGUGUUUCAGGGCAGCAACAUCAGACAGAUGGUGCUGCUGAUCCGCGCCCUGUGUGGGCAUCCAGAGAGUGGGGCAUUAGGGGGCGCUUUGCUCACUAAGGCGCUCACGGCGCGCUGGUGGCAUGCUAUUCCACAGUGGCUUGGAAUAUGGCGUCGUUCGGGUCUUUUUAUUUUGGUGGUCUACGUCGACGACGCCACGUCAUGUUCAGCGCCGGUGAAUCCGAAGGUUCAAUGGAAGAGCCUCGACGACGCCAUCGAGUUCAAGGAGAAGCCAGCGCCGAUCUCCCGCUUCAUAGGAGCCCGCUACAGACUGACGCCGCGCGACGCCGGAAACCCGUUCGCAGGCAGGGCAAUGGACGUCGACAUGUCCAGCUACGCACGUGGAAUGGUCAAGUCGUUCGGCAACUCGCGGCCGUUAUCUAGGGGUUCCGCGUUGCAGGCUCCGAUUGCUUCUGCUAUGGCCGAGUCGGAGACCGCGGAGACCGCGGGCGCGAAGCCUGAGCGCCCGGGCACCGCGCAGCCGCGCCGCCAGACAGCCCCGAUGCGCCGGAGCCCGAGUGCGGCUGGGCGGCAGUCCCCGGGGCUGAGGGCCGCGCAGUUCGGCGGCUCGAGGCUCUGCGGAGGGCUGGGCGCCGGCCCUCGGCUGCUGGAGCGGAAGAUCUCCGCGGACGAGCUGCUGGCCAAGGGGCCCGUGGGCGGCCGCGGCGGGCCCCAGGAGCUUCGCCACAAGCGCAUACUGGCGACCAAGGACCGGCUGCUCGACGCCAGCUUCUUCGCGGAGGCCGAGCCUGAGGACGCGCGCAGGGGCGGCGCCAGGGGAACCCUUCCGACGCCUCGGCAAAGACGCUGA